UGGAUAUGUUGACAAGAGUGUUGUACCAAGAGGACUGGGUGUUGAGUCCAGAAGCAAUAACAUAGCUAGAGUGGGCUUGGGGGUGUUUCGAAGUAGACAGAUUUGUGAGCCAUCUAAAUACAAAGACCCAGAGAUUCAACAGUCUUUAUUUCUGCUCUGGGGCUCUGAGCCAUGCAAAGGAGUGUGGGGCAUGGAUUGUGAUUAUAGUUCCGGUAUAGGUCUUGGCCCAUCGUGGCCUCUUGUAGUAAACUCUCCAAUAGAGAAAAUUGAGUUGCCUCUGAUGAGCAAAAUUGUAGGACCAGGAUCUUCAGGAAACCUGGAGCCAUACAAAAAUGACCAGUGUGUGGUAUAUAAAAAGUGCUUGUUAAAAGUUCAAAGCAUUUUUGACAGUUUUGCAGGUUGGAUUGAUAUUAGAGAUUCAAAUGUGCUUGGUCACUAUAGUGAGAGAGCACAAAAUAAGGGGUUUGGAGGGCCCUAUGAAGGGCAGUUUGAAGUAUUAGACAUAAUUGAAGGGAUUAGUGAACUUGUAGCUAUUAUCGCUGUUGGAGCAUCUCCAAUGUCUGGUACCUCUUUUGCAAAAUUUCUUCAAGAAUGUGUUAGAUCAUUAAAUAAUACUGAAAAUUGUAUUCAAAUAUCAGUACCAGAUGAAUAUGAAUCUGUAGUAGAAUAUGUUGACAAAAGUCCAUAUAACAUUGUAACAAAGACUUAUAGAAUAGAAACACAACAACACCAAUUACCCAUGCUUUAG